CGGGCCUUUGAAUCUUACCAAGAGCUCGCCACCGGUCCACACGAUAUUUGUACAGCCUGCCCUUCCAGGCUAGGCGCCGUCCUCGACGUUCUCCGCAACGCAAACUUAAUACACACAACACAACCUCGCAUCCUCUCCUCUCCUCCACCAAGACGACCACGAUGCAAAGGCCGCGGACGAUCAAAUUCACCGUAUUCUCGGAUUGGCUCUGCCCGUGGUGCUACAUCAACCAGCGCGAGCUCGAGAUCGCCAUCGAGCGAUGCGCCGAUCUGCCGCUCCAGUUCGAGAUCGAGUACCGGCCGUUCCGGCUGAACGACGCGCUGUCGGACGACCUGCCGGUGAACAAGACGAAGCUGAUGAGCGUCAAGUACGGCGCGGACAAGUGGGCGGCGAUGCAGAAGGUGCUCGCGCAGCGCGGCGCGCAGCUCGGUAUCACCUUCUCGCCCGAACCGAAGAUGAUGCAGACGACGCGCGCGCACCGGCUGAUGCUCAAGGCCUGGCAACUCGGCGGGAUGCAGCUCCAGCAGGCGUUCGCGAAGAAGCUCUUCAAGGCGCUCUUUGAAGACGGCCAGCUCGCCGGCGACGCCGAGGUGCUGAGUGAUAUCGCAGAGCAGGCGGGCGUGAUGACGAAAGACUCGGCUCUCGACUUCCUCGAAACGGACGAAUGCCAGCCCGAAGUGGAAGCACUGAUCGCCGACGCGCGCCGGAAGGGCGUCUCCGGCGUGCCGUUCAACGUUAUCGAUGGGAAAUGGGUCAUCAGCGGCGGACAGACGGCCGACGUCUUCGUCCAGAUCUUCAACAAGCUCGCCCACUGCGAACACUAUGCCCCCGCCCCCGUCAAGGCGCACCCGGAGGCCGACCAAUGCCCGCCUAGCCUGCUGACCGUUAAAGGCGCCAACGGGAACGUCGGCAACGGCGUCAACGGCCACGCCGACAUCCCGCUCAACGGCAAAGUUAACGGCGCCACCUGCCCGCUCGGCAACGGUAUCUGCGCCGCCUCAUGAUUCUGAUGACCCCCCGCCCCUGCUUCCUUGUCCAUAUUCAACGUAGACAGACGAGCCAAAUCCCUCCCUCGACCCUCUCUCCACCCAUCCGCAUCCACGCCAGCGGUGUUUACCUCUACCAUUCCACCCACCCGACCCACGCGCGUCACCUCCCCCCCGCGCCGAAACACCUCCGCUUCCAUCUGCGAUGAUCUACGUCUAUGUCUCUCUUCUCUUCUCUUUUCCUUUCUAUCCCCCUUUUUAGUACCGUUUUUGUGGACCCCGCUGCAAUCAGUUCCGUGUCUCUCUUCCUCUUCC